CGGUUUUCUCGAUAAAUGAUCGACGUGUUUCUCCACAUUGAGGGCGUGGGAGAAACAAUGGCUACACGGGAGAAGAUUGGUAAAGCCUUCCAAGCAAUGAAGAAAUUAGGAAUAGGUGAAGAAAAAGUGAAACCAGUCCUCAAACGGCUUCUGAAGUUGUAUGGAAAGAGAUGGGAGCUUAUCGAGGAGGAUAACUACAGGACGCUGGCUGAUGCGAUCUUUGAAUGCGAAGAUGAUGAGAAUGGUGAGAGAAAAGAGGAACGCCCGUUUAAGAAACAGAAUAGGGGAAAUGGUGAGGAUAAGAUGCUGUCAAAAGGGAAGGGCAAGAGCAUUGUUUGUAAAGAAGAGAUCGAUCUUGAUUUAGGUGAUAAUGGAAAUCAGGCAGUGCCACGGGAAGGGAAGCCUGUUGAUCACUCCCCAAAAGGAGCUCAUUCUUCAAAUAUAUGCUCAGUAACAGUUAAUCCUUCGUGUAAUGAGGCAACUGUUGCAGUUAAAAGCGAGCAAAAGAUGGUAUUCAGCACUGUUGAGGACAUAACAAGAGGCACUGAGAAAGUGAAGAUUUCCCUUGAUGAAAUUGGGAAUGAGAAACUGCCUGAUUUUGUCUAUUUCAAUGAAAAUGUGACUUAUGAAGCUGCACAUGUGCAUAUAUCUUUAGCUCGUAUUGCGGAUGAAGACUGCUGUUCAGAUUGUAAAGGAAACUGUCUGUCGUCCCGUUUACCUUGUGCGUGUGCUGGUUCGACUGGAGGUGAAUACGCUUACACCACAGAGGGCUUGCUGACUGAACACUUUUUGAAGAAAUGCAUCCCUAUGGAAUCCAGGGAUAAAAAGCAUGCUGUCUACUGUAAUGACUGCCCUUUAGAGAGGGCUAAGAAUUCGGACUUGCCUGGGAAGUGCAAAGGUCACGUCUUGAAGAAGUUCAUUAAAGAGUGUUGGAAGAAAUGCGGAUGUGAUAUGAAUUGUGGGAACAGAGUUGUUCAGAGAGGUAUAACAAGGAAACUGCAGGUCUUUGUCACAAGUAAAGGAAAAGGCUGGGGUGUACGAGCACUCGAAGAGCUGCCACAGGGGGAAUAUGUUGGAGAGAUUUUGACCAACAUGGAGCUGUACGAGAGGAACACUCAAAGCGCUGCUGAUAAUAAAAAACAUGUAUAUCCUGUGCUACUUGAUGCAGAUUGGUCUACGGAAGAGAAUCUGAAGGAUGAAGAGGCUCUCUGCUUGGAUGCAACAAACUGUGGAAAUGUUGCUAGGUUUAUCAAUCACCGGAUUAUGGGAUUGAUUUUUCGGACAAAGGCCAUCCUAUCAAGGCUUUCCGGUGUCGCUGUGGAAGUGAUUUCUGCAGAGAUAAAAGGCGACGAAGAUAGAACUUCAUUUUUUACUCAUUCAAGAAUGGCUGCUUAUAAUAAUCCUUCUUGAGUUAAACUCAUUUUAGAUAACUUUUUGAAGAAUUUGGGUUGUAAGGCCAUGCGCUAGCUAACAUGAUCCUAAUCAGCAUGAGAGUCACAUUUCAUUUGGUGU